CCUGGUCCUGCCAGGCCCUUCCUCCGGACCCGAGCCAGGGCGUAGGUGCAGGGGACACAACAGUGGCUCCCACUGGCUCACAGCUCUGUGCAGCCAAGCGGCUGGGGACAAGCCUUCCGAGAAGCCCCCCGGCGCCCCCGCCAUGAAGGAGGAGGCCUUCCUGCGCCGCCGCUUCUCCCUGUGCCCGCCGUCCGCCGCCCCGCAGAAGGCCGAGCCCCGGAGACCCGCCCGGGACCUGCUCCUCGGCGGGGACAGCGAGCUGUGCCCACCCAGCCCAGGGAAGGACAUGGAGCCGAACGGCCCAUCGCUGCCACAGGACGAAGGGCCCCCGACCCCUGGCUCCGCCACCAAGCUGCCACCGGCAGACUGCAGGCCGUGCAACGGGUCCGACAAGGAGUGUGUGUCCCCGACGGCCAAGAUCACCAAGAAGGAAACUCUCAAGGUGCAGAAGGAGAACUACCGGCAGGAGAAGAAACGCGCCACGAAGCAGCUGCUCAGCGCCCUGACGGACCCCCGCGUGGUCAUCAUGGCCGACAGCCUGAAGAUCCGAGGGACCCUGAAGAGCUGGACCAAGCUGUGGUGCGUGCUGAAGCCGGGCGCGCUGCUCAUCUACAAGACGCCCGAGGUGGGCCAGUGGGUGGGCACGGUGCUGCUGCGCUGCUGUGAGCUCAUCGAGCGGCCCUCCAAGAAGGACGGCUUCUGCUUCAAGCUCUUCCACCCGCUGGACCAGUCCGUCUGGGCCGUGAAGGGCCCCAAAGGAGAGAGUGUGGGCUCCAUCACCCAGCCCCUGCCCAGCAGCUACCUGAUCUUCAGGGCCGCCUCUGAGUCCGACGGCCGCUGCUGGCUGGACGCCCUGGAGCUGGCCCUGCGCUGCUCCAGCCUCCUGCGUCUCAGCGCGUGCAAGCAGGGCGGCGACCGGGGCGAGCCUGGGUCCUCGCCUGACGCGUCGCCCUCCUCGCUCUGCGGGCUGCCGCCCUCGGCCGCCAUGCAGGACCAGGACCUGUUCCCACUGAACGGGUCCUCCCUGGAGAACGACGCUUUCUCAGACAAAUCAGAGAGAGAGGUUGCGGAGGAGUCGGACAGUGAGACCCAGGGGCACAGCCGGAAGACCAAUGAGAGCGGGAGUGACCAGUCGGAGGCCCCAGGAGGCCCAGCGCCUCGAGGGACCACCUACGUGGAGCAGGUCCAGGAGGAGCUGUGGGAGGGGGACGAGGCGUCCCAGGUGGAGACGGUGUCGGAGGAAACCAAGAGCCUGAUGUGGGAGCUGCUGAAGCAGCUGCGGCCGGGCAUGGACCUGUCCCGCGUGGCGCUGCCCACCUUUGUCCUGGAGCCCCGCUCCUUCCUCAACAAGCUCUCCGACCACUACUACCACGCCGACCUGCUCUCCAGGGCCGCGCUGGAGGAGGACGCCUACAGCCGCAUGAAGCUGGUGCUGCGGUGGUACCUGUCCGGCUUCUACAAGAAGCCCAAGGGGAUCAAGAAGCCCUACAACCCGGUCCUGGGGGAGACCUUCCGCUGCAGCUGGCUCCACCCCCACACCAACAGCCUCACCUUCUACCUGGCGGAGCAGGUGUCGCACCACCCGCCCGUGUCCGCCUUCCACGUCAGCAACCGGAAAGACGGCUUCUGCAUUAGCGGCAGCGUCACGGCCAAGUCCCGGUUCUACGGGAACUCACUGUCGGCGCUGCUGGACGGCAAGGCCAGGCUCACCUUCCUGAGGCGGGCGGAGGACUACACCCUCACCAUGCCCUACGCGCACUGCAAAGGAAUCCUGUACGGCACCAUGACCAUGGAGCUGGGUGGCAGCGUGGCCAUUGAGUGCCAGAAGAACAACUUCCGAGCUGAGCUGGAGUUCAAGCUCAAGCCUUUCUUUGGGGGCAGCACGAGCAUAAACCAGAUCUCGGGCAGGAUCACAUCGGGAGAGGAGGUCCUGGCGCAUCUCUCCGGACACUGGGACAGGGAAGUGUUUAUCCAGGAGGAGGGGCGAGGAGGCGCCGAGCUCUUCUGGAGCCCGAGUGGGCAGGUGCGCGAGCGGAGGCUGCGGCGACGCACCGUGCUCCUGGAGGAGCAGGGGGAGCUGGAGUCGGAGAGGCUCUGGCAGCACGUCACCAGGGCCAUUAGGGAUGGUGACCAGCACAGGGCCACGCAGGAGAAGUUUUUACUGGAGGAGGCGCAGCGGCAGCGGGCCCACGAGCGCCGGCAGAGCUUCACACCCUGGACACCCCGGCUGUUCCACCUGGACCCCACCACCCAGGAGUGGCGCUACCGAUUCGAGAACCACAGCCCCUGGGACCCCCUGAGGGAUAUCACCCAGUUUGAGCAAGACGGGGUGCUGUACACCCUGCAGCGAGAGCGCCUGAGCCCCCAGACCCGCGUGGAGGGCAGCCCGGGGCCUGGGCACCAGGGGCCUGGCCCAGACCGGCGGCUUCGCAAGGCCAGCGACCAGCCCUCCGGCCACAGCCAGGCCACCGAGAGCAGUGGCUCCACGCCCGAGUCCUGCCCAGAGCUCUCGGAUGAGGACGGUGACGGAGACUUUGUCCCCGGCAGCGAGAGCCCGUGCCGGCGGUGCGGGAAGGAGGCCCGGCGGCUGCAGGCCCUGCACGAGGCCACCCUGGCCCUCCGGGAGGCGCAGCAGGAGCUGCACAGGCAGCUCUCGGCCCUGCUGAGCUCCACCGCCAGGGCCCGGCGGGCAGCGGCCGCAGGCCCCCUGCAGAGCCCCCGCGCCUGGUGUCUGCUGUGCGUGCUCCUGGCCUGCCAGCUGCUCCUGAACCUCGUCCUCACGUGAGCGUCCUUCGGGCCGUGUGGCCGCCGCCCGAGGAACUCGGCCGCUGCUGCCCUCCCUCCCCGGCAUCCAGCACUUUAAACCAGCCCGGGGAGGCGGAGGGACGCUGUGAGCUCGGCCCCUGUGGACAGAGGGGCCCCAGCGGCGGGAGGACAGCAGGAGGGACCUGGGGCCGCCCGGCUCCUCUUGGGGAGGCGCCGGCCUCUGUGGAGGGCCCUCAUCCAGCACUGGCCUUAAUGCUCAAGCCAAAUGCCACUUUGUCAUGCAACGCACACCCUGGUCAUCUGGCCUCGCUCUCCCGGUCCAGCGCCCACCUGCCACGUGGGGUCGGCGCAGGCCGGGCGUGGGAGGGUCCGCCAGCGUUGGACAUUGGGUCCCCAGGGCCACCCUGGUCCUGACCCACAGGCUGUCCCUCCUGAGACUUUGCCCCUGUCACCCUGGUGUGGCCUCGGGCGAGACGCUGGGACGGCCCAGGCGGGGCCCCUGGAGUCACUCUGCCACUGUGCUGUUUGGAAGGAGCCUGGUCAGAAGUGAGGGACCUGCUGCAGCCCCGCAGCCCAGCCCCGCGGUGGGUGGGGGCACCUGUGAUCGCAGCUCCGAGGGCCGCCCGGCAGUACCAGCCGUGAGUGGAGCACGGCUGCCCUGCGCCUGCCUGGGAACGCUUCCCCUGGGCCCAGCGGGGCCCUGCUCUCCCCGCACUUGCUGGAUAAACGCCACAGCAAUACCGUCAGCGGGCAGUGUCUGCCCUCCGCUCCGUGUCCAGUUCCACCUGUGUGGGUGUGCACAUGUGUGAGCGCCCGUACGUGUAGGUGCACACGGAGCCUGAACUCAGCAGUGGCCGUGCCCUGGGGGCUGAUGCCCCAUUUUCUGGUUUUGUGCCCAUGUCCUGCCCUGUCCCGCCACCCCCCCCCCCCCGCAGUGUGGGGACAGGUCUGUGCUCUGUUCCCUGAAAUAAAGGAACACACCCA